AUGUUCGCGAUAAUGCCGAUGGAGACAGAGGGGCACGGCAGGGAGUUCGGCCGCCGGCAGAAGAUGCGCGCCAAGUGCACCGUCGAGUUCGUCUGCAAGUACUGCCAGCGGCGAUUCACUAAGCCCUACAACCUCAUGAUACACGAGCGCAGUCAUAAGGACGACGUGACCUUCACCUGCGAGGUCUGCGGAAAGUCCUUCAAGAGGCAGGACAACCUUAAACAGCACAGGGAAUUGUUUUAUGCAAAAAAAAUGCUUAACAAGGACAAUGGUCAAAAAUAG